CUGGGGCCCAGCUUAGGAUAAAUGUCAGUGGGAAGAUGUAAACGCCUUCCCAACAGGUUAAAAUAUAAUGACAUCAAGGCCCUGGUCCUCACCUUUCCCUCGCCUGGGUCCCCCACCCUCGGGCGUCGGAGACCUUGGUGCAAGGUGCAAGGCCGGAUUGGGGAGAAGCGGCUUCGCGGGGAGGAGGCGGGGCGCCCCGGCAGCUUGGGAGCUGAAAACCGAAUCGCAGGUCGCUGUUGUGCGGUCUCCUAGCGACCCCAGACCGGACGCACCGGGACGGAGCUACGGGCCCGCGAUGGCUGUGACGAUGGCUGACCGCAGGCGAACGUCCAGGCCCGCUCCGCUGGCCAGGCUCGGCGUGCACGGCAGGUCCUGGUGUAAAGAGAAUGUGCCUUCCCCGUUUUCCACACAACACGAGGACAGGCAGUUACAUCCCACCUUCAUGAACACCAAACGGUGGGUGUUUGUGAAAAAGGGGCUGGAUGACUUCAGGAAUGGCUGCCCUUCUUGGGAGAAUAUGAUCACUCGGGGCCUUCCGGAGCAUCCUGGCCCCCAGAGGUACAGCAGAGGUCCCCGGCCUCCCCCCAGAAGGAGGCCGAGCUACCUGCCCGAGGGCGCAGCCCUGUGUUCCAGGCUCUCGGCUGCCCAGCGGGCGCGGAAGGCCUUCCUGGAGGACAUCGAGGCCCAGCUGACCCGGCACACCCUGGCUCCCUGCCCCGGGCUGGAGGAGAGCCUGCCUCCGGAGCUCUUAAAGAGGGUGCUGGAAGUGCUGGAUCCUGACAAGAAACUGGAGGACGCAUGGGCUCAUUGUGAGGGUGUCGAGAAAAAACCCACGGAACCCACAAAACUGCGUGGAAAAUGUCCCACCCAAGACCCCAAGGAACCCACAAAACUGCUUGCAAAACGUCCCACCCGAGCCUCCUUGGAGCUUCCCAAGAAGACUCUUCUGUCGAAGAAUUCACGCCAAUCACUUUCUAAAGAGAAGAAGCCACGCCGAUUGCCUUCUGAAGAGAAGACCAGUGAGAAGGAUUCGCUCCACAAAGAUGGUCCUGAUCCCUACGAAAACGCCCACAAGUCAGUUAGAGACCUCUGCGACUGGGCUGCUUCGAUUGGAAGCACGAGGAUUGAUGAAGAGUACAUCAUGAAGCAAUUUGAGGUUAACUAUGAGAGGGAAGUCAGCCAUAAUGUGCUCCACUCGCUGAAGCUUGGCGAGAUUCCCGGGGACCUAAAGAAGGGAGAGGGGCUCAAGAAACAGCAGGAGUCAGAAUUUUUCCAGGAACUAGAGCCGGAACCGAAGAAUACUUGUAAACCAAAGCAUGUGAAGAUGCGGUAUGGAGCCUGGUAUCUGCACCCAAAACUGUGGAAAAGACAAAGAGCAGAUGAACCUUUGACUGACCCCAAGGCCUUACACAAAGACGAGAAUUUAAGAAAGGAGCAGAAGAAACAGGAGGAGGAGGAGUUUGCAAAGCUUCACGGGCCAGCUGCCUUUAGGAAUUUCAUUCUAAGGAAGGGCUACAGGAUGCCAAGUUUCCUGGAGAACAUAAAUACCAAGAAGGAAUGUAAGUGUGAUUGUAAUAAGACUCCUGGAAAAUAACUCAUCAUAGAAGAGUUUAUUUAGUAAGAUGAUUAGACAGAUUUUAUUUACUAUAUAGCAUUUGGCUAUUUUUCUCUCUCAAUGAACAUACGCAAAAUUUAGGAUGAGUGUCCCACCAUGGAUGUAAAACUUUGACUUGAUGAUAUCCAUAAAUUUUAUACCUAAGGCUUAUGAACAUUUCACAGUGGCCUUCUACCUUUGUUAAUCAAUAUUUUAUAUAUUUUUGCCAACUAUGAGAUCAAUAUUCAUAUAUAGUCUUCUUAUAUGCAUUGUAAAUUUAACUUAGUUAUAUCAAUUAUUUGUAAAACAUAAAUAAGAUUAUAAUAAAAGUAGAAUUGUUCUAUUGCUUUUUCCUAGAGUAUUAUUUUUCCCUGGUUUUGAGUGAAUAUUUGCUUUAUUCUUUCUUUACAAUUUUCUUUCAUUUUGAAUUAAGCUUACUGAGGAUUUCCUCCUUUUUAAGGCAUGUUAGUCUUGAUAAUAACUGUGUACCUAUAACAUAAGGCCACAAAUCAUAAAGUUUAAUGGAAACUCAAGAUGGCAUACAUUUUAAAAUAAUUAUUUAGAAUUAUUUUUUUAUUAAAAAUGUUAAUGCUCUGGCCAAGCCAGUGUGGCUCAAUGGUUGAGCAUUGACCUAUGUGCCAGGAAG